AGCUCUAUGUACUCGGCGAGCGUAAGUAAUGCAGAGGCACAUUAUGUGUACAUUUGCGUUUGACAACUGCGGAUAUAAGAAAAGAAAACAUUUAAAAUUAUUUGUUAAGUGGAAGAGUGCGGCUCAACUUGCAUGGGCUUUAGUUUAAAAAGAAACGAAGGUGUUGCAGUUGUGAGUAAUAAGUAAUAAUUAAUAUCUCGGAUAGCAAAUGGCAAAGUAAUGAAAAAUAUAAAAGAUACGUUUAACAAGUGAAAAGCUUCUAACAGAACCGUCGCGGAUUUGCAAAUUAUAAAAAAAAUCGUUUAAAAAUAGUCAGCCGCUAAAAGCAACAACUGCUCAUAAGUUUUUUUUAUAUUACACAAUACUAAGCGCAGACAUUCUGACAUAGUAUGGAUCCGCCGCCCACAGCUGAAAAUGUUUUCCGAGGGAUCUGUGCAUUAUUCCACAAUUCGGACGCAGUGGAAAGAGAAAGAGCCAACAAAUGGUUGGAGGAAUUUCAGAAAUCGAUAUAUUCUUGGAGUGUUUCGAAUGAAUUGUUGCAGCAAAAACGAGACUUGCACUCAUGUUACUUUGCAGCGCAAACAAUGCGAAACAAAAUACAAAACUCAUUUAUAGAAUUGCCACCAAACUCACAUGAAUCCUUGAGGGAUUCGUUGAUAACGCAUGUAAGUCAAAUAACACCUGAAACGGAUCAAGUAAUAGUAACGCAACUUAGUUUAGCAGUGGCAGACUUAGCGCUGUUAAUGAGUGAGUGGGAAAAUCCUGUAACAGAUUUAAUACAAAUGCUAGCACAUCAUUCCACAUGGCCGUUGCUGGAAAUACUUGCGCACAUACCUGAAGAAAUCGAUUCUCGAUAUUUGCGUUUGGGUGCGAACAGAAGGCAAGAGGUGCACAAACAGUUAAUGGCGAGCACUCCAAAGCUAUUAGAAUACUUGUGCAGUUGUUUACAUACGACAGAUAAAUCAGACGAGUUGAUACAGAACUGUCUGAUACACUGUUAUAACUCGUGGAUUGCCAUACAUGCAAUUGCGCCCCACAUUUUUAUUGAGAGUCCAUUAACACAACAGGUUUUCUGUAUAUUAUCACAACCAGACACAAUGAGAAAACUCCAUGACACAUCUACAGAUUGCCUGUGCAGUUUUCUAGGUUGCAUAGAAGCAGCGUGUGAAACAAAUAGCCUGGAUGUACUCGUAUCGGCGAAAAUUUACAAUGGAAUUUGUUCUCUAGAAUCGUCAUACCACACGAGUGUUGCUAAAGAAGAAGUUGACAAAACUAUGAACUACUGUCGCAUAUUUACGGUAAUGUCCGAAACAUUCUUCUACCAAAUGGUGGCAUGUACUGAAAUUCCACAUUAUACAAUCGGCGGACUGGAUUUACUAUUGAUGUGUGUUGGCCACUAUGACUAUGAAGUCAGCGAAAUAACUUUCAAUUUUUGGUAUCGCUUAAGUGAAGAAUUAUUUCAUCAAAACAAUGAUAAACUCACUAUCAAAUUUAAACCACAUAUUGAACGCUUAUUGACGGCUCUAUACAGGCAUGCACAAAUGGACUCGGAUACCGAUGGCUUGAUUGACGACAAUGAGGGCUUUGGAGAUUUUCGACGUAAAGUAGCCGAUCUAAUAAAAGAUGUAGCAUUUAUUGUUGGAUCGAGCUCGUGCUUUAAGCAAAUGUUCGUCAUUCUAACCGCACCGGAUACAACGUGGGAGCAAACAGAAUCCGCUUUAUUUGUUAUGCAAAAUGUGGCGAAGAACCUAGUAACUGAUGAAAACGAUACUGUGCCAAAAGUAAUUGAAGCUAUUCUGAAUAUGCCACAGAACUCUCAUAUUGCGGUGCGUUACACCUCAAUUAUGCUAUUGGGCGAAUUAUGCGACUGGAUAGAGAAUCAUCCCGACACAUUAGAAGCAAUAUUAAAUUUCCUCCAUUAUUCUAUGCAACAGAAGAACGGUCUGGCUUCUGCAGCGACAACAGCAUUGACAUUGAUUUGCACAGCUUCUAAACAAAAAAUGAUAAUACACAUAAAUGGACUUAUGCUAAUAGCCAAAAAUUUGGACAUGAUAGACGUGAGCAACGAAUUAGCAAUUGGCUUAUUGAAAAGUUUUGCACUUGUGCUCACACGCUUACCACGUCAGCAGCUGGAGACAGCUUUACGGGAAAUGGUAUCAUUUCAACUACAACCGCUUGCGCUGAUGGUAGAGGAUCCUAAUGCAACAAUAGCGAGCAUAGCAAAAAAUGAGCGUACCGAUCCCACCUAUUGGAUUGAUCGUGCUUGCGUUAUCAUACGACACACCAAUCCAGAUAUAUCCGACAAUGAUGUGCAUCCUACUAAACAGCUCAUAACAGAUUCGUGGCCACUCAUAUCAAGUUUAUUAAACAAGUACCAAUCCGACGUCCGCAUUAUGGAACGCGCCUGUCGUCUAUUGAGGUACAGUAUACGCAUGGUUCACAAGCAAGCAGCUCCCUUAGUUGAGCCUUUGGUAAAACAAAUGAUCAGCUUAUAUGGUUUACAUCAUCAUAGCUGUUUUCUGUACUUGGGUUCAGUACUUGUGGACGAAUUUGCUCGUAUCAAGGAAUGUAUACCAGGACUAUUGGAAAUGCUCCAAGCAUUUAUUGAGCCAACAUUCUGCAUGCUUCGUGUGGAAAAUGGUUUAAAAAACAAUCCCGAUACAGUCGAUGACUUUUUCCGGUUAUGCUCCCGUUUCAUCGACAGUUGUCCAUUACCGUUCCUGCAAAGCGCACUUGUAACUCCCAUUUUCCAGUGUGCAUUACUAGCAUGCACUCUUGACCACCGAGAAGCAAAUUCUUCAGUUAUGAGGUUUUUCUGUAAUCUAUUAAAAUGGGGGCGCAUAUCCAAUUUUAGAUUAGCUGAGUGUCGCCCAUUAGUAAAAGAUAUUGCAGAACAAAAUGGCGAGGCUUUAGUUGUAAAUUUACUACAUGCUUCCGUAUUCUAUCUUCAUGCAUACAUGCUACCGGAAGUCGCUGAAGUCUUAUACGAAUUAAAAGGCACUUUAUGCGAAGAAUUACUGAAAAGGUUCCUUAUUAAUGCACUCAAUUUGUUGCCAAAGAAGAAUAGUGGUGGAUUCAUUACCGCAACACAGGAACAAUUGGACGAUUUCACCAACACGGUAUUGACUGCGGAUUGUACUAAAACAAUUUCUGUUGCAUUAAAAGCUUUUACGCGUUUAUAUCGUUAAUCAUUAAUCGAAGAUUUAAAUGAAAACUACAACAUUGGACUGCUUGUUUGGUAUAAAAUUUAUAAUUUACUUCGGUUUAACUAUCUAAUACGUGAGGAGUGAUUACCCAGCAAGUUUUACUAAAGGUGUGUUCUAAGGCGAUAGUGUGAAUGGAAAUUAUAUAGAAUCUUAAAUUUUAUUUAAGUAGUAAAAAUUAUUAUAAUUACGUAAAAUUUACAAUUCAAUUGGACACAUCUAUCCUAAAAAUGAUCUUAAGCCCCAUCUCUAUUCAAAUUAAAAAAACCUUAUCAAAAGCACUGUAUAAAUUAUAAGUGAAUAUCAAAAUUGAGAUUAUAAUUGCUAGUGCAUAAUACAAUUUCUUUAUAACUUAUAUGGAAUUACUUUGCAUAGUACUAUGCAUUUCUUUUUUGACUAUAUUAUUAUUUUAUUAAGUAUUCGAAGCCAAUUUAACUUA